GGGGAGCCUGGACUAAAGCCCUCCAUUCCUGGCUACCGAACUUUGAGCUUGGCGCCGCCGUCCUUGCCUCACCAUCUGCGGCUUCUCCUGCGUCUUCCAUCUUUGUGUUGCUGCAACUCUUUUUGCACUAUCAGACUCCAUAAAUACUGCGCCAAGUGGGGCUAAAUUCCUUCGGGAUCUGCAGAGUCAUUCUUCCUCCAACCAUGAGGAAAAAGAAAAACUUCUUUAGAAAGCCUGUUGUCAUCAAGAAUCAGAAGCAGCAACAGCAACCGUCUGUGGAUCCUAUUACGGGAAAGAAAAUCCCAAAGAGUUUUGUGUUUUCAAGAGGGAAGUUGCCUGGUCCUCUCAAGCAGCUUCAGAUGGACCUGAGAAAGUUGAUGCUGCCUUAUACUGCUCUCAACCUCAAGGAAAAGAAAAGAAAUAAUCUGAAAGACUUUCUGAAUGUUGCUGGACCUAUGGGUGUUACACAUUUCCUAAUAUUGUCAAAAACUGCAACUGGAUCUUAUUUGAGGGUUGCAACAACCCCUCAAGGACCUACUCUUACUUUUAAAAUAAAUGAAUACUCAUUGGCAGCAGACAUUGCUCAGUCUCAGUUGCGUCCUCGAUGCCCAAAAGAUCUUUUCAAAAAUUCAGCUCUGAUUGUGCUUUCUGGUUUUGUGAGUGGAGACCUUCAUCUACAGCUUACAACUAACAUGUUUCAGAACAUAUUCCCAACAAUUGAUGUUAAAACUGUUAAACUCUCCUCUUGCCAGAGAAUUGUGUUGCUUAAUUACAACAAAGAGACGAAGCUUAUUGAUUUUCGGCAUUAUUCCAUAAGGUUACAACCUGUAGGUGUUUCACGCAGAAUAAGAAAAUUUGUGCAAAACCAUCAGGUCCCUGAUUUAAGGAAUCUUCAUGAUGUGAGUGAUUUUAUCGCAAAGGCUGGAUAUGGAUCAGAGAGUGAAGCAGAUGAUGAAGCAGCAACAGUGACUUUGGCAAGUGAUCUCGGUAGAGUUAAUCGUGCUUCUACAAAAAGUGCUGUGAAACUUCAGGAGGUCGGGCCCAGGAUGACACUCAAACUAAUCAAGGUUGAAAAAGGGCUGUGUUCGGGUGAAGUCCUCUUCAGUGAAUAUGGGAACGAUGGUGGCAAUGGAAAAAAUGAUGACAAGACGCGGGAGAAUGGAAAUAGUGGAUACGAAGAUGAAGAUGGGAAUGGGGAAGAUUCAGAGGACAUUGAAGAUGAGGAUGGUAAUGAAGAAGAUUCAGAAGACAAGGAAGAUGAGGAGGAUUGGUUGAACGAUGCUGUUUCUUAAGAAAUGCAGUAUUUUGUAUGGAAGCCGUUGGGUAUUUGUGUGAACCGCAUCGUAAUUAUAUAGAAAUUGCCACCCGAAUUUUGUUUCAUCGUUCAUUCCGGUGGCUGUAGCUCACAUUCUGUUUUUUCUUUUUUCUUUUUUUUUCUUCCCAAAAUGGCAUUAGUAUCUCAUUGUCGAUGACAAACAUUAGUUCCUUAAGACCUACGAAGAUCACAAGAAUACAAUACCGGAGAUGAAAUCUGAAAAUGGUCACUUC